AUGCGACCGCCAUUGCUGCUGCUACUGCUGGCGCUCUCGGUGGCGCCUGGCCAGCCCACACCGUGGCUUCUCGUCGCCGACACGGACUGUGCCACUGCCGCGUCUAGUCGCCACGUCUGCGGUAUCGACACACUCGGCCAGACCGUGGCCCUGCCCGCGACCGAUCUCUCUGCGAUGCACUGGAGCGACGGCCUCUACCUUGGCAACCUCAGCGCGUUCGCUGGCGACCAACUGUCUCUGGGCCACGCGCCGAGCGUCGACGUCUCUACACUCGUGCUGCCACCGACGCUGCACCGCCUGCAGUUCCAGAACAUCACAACACUCGACCUGCGAGAACUCGGAAGCGCGUUGAGCCUGCGCAAUCUGUCCAUCUUGGCUUGCAACAGCGUCCUCUGGCCGGUGCACGCGUCUUUGUCCCUGCCGCAGCUGACGACCUUGCAGCUCGACACUGUCGCUUUGACGUCGUGGCCGCGCCUGCCACCGACGCUUGUCGACGUACAAUUUCUCGCCACGGGCCUCGCCGACGCAGAGAGCCUCGCGGUACCGACCUCGACGCGGCGCCUGAACCUCGCACGCAACGCGAUCCGCGCCCUCGCACAUGUCGACUGGCGACAGCUCGAGCAUCUGCAACUCGACAGCAACCCUUUACAGACGCUCUACAACGUGUCGUUGUCGCCCCAACGAUUGACAACUUUCUCGUGCGUGGACUGUGCGCUGACAAACUUGACGCUGUCGGCGGCAAGCUUUGCAGCCUUGAGCCAGCUCGGGCCUUGUCGCGACGGCCCCUCGGGCUGGUGCGUCCCGGCCAACGUCUCGACAGACGCCGGUGCCUGCGCCAAUCUCGGGGGUAUCUUGCGCACGCUUGCAGCGGCUACCACCGCCCCGUACACGGCGGCUAUCUGCGUGCUUCCAGAUACCACCGUGCUCAUGGCGGCUCCAUCGACCCCAUCGACGAGCGUCCACAGCUCCGCCGCAACGAUUGGUGGCGCCAUUGCAGGCCUCGUGGCUAUCGUGGCUAUCCUCGCCGCGUGCGCCCACCGAGACAAGUCGCUCACGCAGCGCAGCAAGACACGGUCACUUUCGUGCGACGCGUACCCGGUUCUCGAGACGCCGCAUCUGCGACGAUACCCUGGCACGAUUGCCGUCGAGUCCAACUCGCUCGGCCCGAACGCGCGCUCGAUUCGAACGAGCUGGGGCCCGAGCCUCAGCGACGACAGCAAUCUGUACGUCAAGCCGAUUCGGAUGUUCCGCCUCGAGCUCGCCGACCUCCACGUGACGAGCACCAAGCCGCUCGCGUCCGGAACGUACGGCGAGAUCUGGUUUGGGCGCUACGACCGCGAGCCCGUUGCGAUCAAGCGCCUCAAGAACAAGACGCCCGAGCGCGUCCAGACGUUCGUCGACGAGAUGCUGCUCAUGUCCCGUAUGAACUCGCCGUAUAUUGUCCAGUUUAUCGGCGUGAGCUGGGAGCUCCCGAUCGAUAUGGAGUGCGUCGUCGAGUACAUGGACAUGGGCGAUCUGCGCACGUACCUCACGGCUGUCACGCGCAUGACGUUUACGUGGCGGGCCAAGCAAGCGUCCAUGGCCGGUAUUGUCCGCGGCCUCGACUACCUGCACUCGCUCGAGACACCCGUGAUGCACCGCGAUCUCAAGUCGCGCAACGUGCUUCUCGACUCGAGGAAAGGGACGAAACUCACCGACUUUGGCGACCUGCGCGAGUCGACAGCGACGAGCAGCGGUGCAUUCCAGUGGACGGCGCCCGAGGUGCUCCGAGGCCAAGCGCACUCGCCCGCGUCCGACGUCUACGCGUUCGGGGUGAUUCUCUCGGAGCUGUCGACACACAAGGUGCCGUACUACGAGUCCAAGACCCACAGCAACGCGGUGGCACUAUUGCAGCAGGUGAUGCAAGGCAAGGCCCAACCGCUCUUUGACAAGUCGCACACGCCCGCGUGGGUCAUUGAGCUCGCCAUGCAGUGCCUGGCGAUGGACCCCGUGCGCCGACCGACCGCCGCGGCGCUCGUGGCUCGUUUGGAUUGCGUACAUUAA